AGGGGAUAAUGACGACCGCCUAGGUCGAUAAUCCACAUGGCUAAUGUCUUAAUUGGUCAAGCUUUACACUGCGACCAGACUUUUUUAACAUUUGGGUUACUUGGCUAUUUACGCGAUGACUGAAUCACUGAAGCGUGCCGUGUAUGACCUAUGCUAUAGAUGUUAUGAUUCAACGUUAUCGAAUCGACCAGUACGGAAUUGUCGUUUAAUCAGAUGGGCGGAGUUAUGGCAUUGACAUAGCCACUAUAAACUAAUUUCCCAAGACACAACGAUUUUGAUUGGCUAAAAAAGUAGAUAAGAGUUACUUCCCUUUACGGUCGCUAUGCGACUUGAAAGACCGAUUUAGAAAGUGAGUUGCAGAUUCUGGGAAAAAUGGAUGCUGCGAGCGAAAAUGGAAAGUCGAAGCAACAGAAAUUAACACAAUUCUUUAGAAAAGAAAGCGGACAGAAUAAUGUAAACUCAGGAAAUGACCAAAUGUUAGGUUCGCGAUCGGAGGACGUCUAAAAUAGUGCAGACGUGAAUGCAGAAUCAGAAACGUCUAUACCUGUCAAGGUUCACGGUUUCGUCGAUGAAUGCACUUCAGGAGGGCACACCGCCAUAAAAACGGGUACUACAUGAAUGGUUCCACAGGCCAGGGUGGGGAAUCAACAGCUUCACUGCUGCAGGAGCCAAAGAUCCCCACCCGUGAAAACCCAGAACAGUUUUUACCUAUUCCUAGAUUAAAAUUCUGGCAAGCAGCAGCCAUAGUGUUUGUUAUAUCAGUUGUGUGCUUUGCAGUAACUUACAAUGGUGACUUCGUGUUCGAUGACAGCGAAGCCAUUGUGGGGAAUAAUGAUCUCUUGCCUGAGUCCUCCGUCUGGGAUUUGUUUAACAACGACUUUUGGGGCAAUAAGCUCGACUCCAAAACCAGUCACAAGUCUUAUAGACCUUUGACUGUGUUGACAUUUAGGUGGAGUUAUGCCUUAGGAAGUGGCCUUAACCCUUUGUACUUCCACAUUCCAAACAUCGUUCUUCACGGCAUUGUCAGUGUCCUGUUGCUAUGCAUGUUCUCCAUUUUGUUUGGAGGAUAUUCUGUUUCCAUGACUACGGGGCAGCUAGAGUUCAAGGCAGCAAGGUCAUCCCUGUUGUGUGCAGCUUUGUUUGCUGUUCACCCCAUUCACACAGAAAGCGUGUCAGGCAUAGUAGGCCGGGCAGACCUCCUGUGUGCGGUGCUAUUUAUUGGUUCAUUCUUACUCUAUGUGAAGUCCUGCUCAAUAGAAACUCAGAGAUAUGACUCAAGGUAUUCAAUAUUCCGUCCAGAGCAGUUCUCGUUGGGCUACCUGCUCUCCAGCAUGCUGCUCUGUAUGUUGGCAGUGCUGUGCAAGGAGCAGGGCAUCACCGUCAUUGGGAUAUGCAGUGCAUACGACAUCGUUGUCAUUUGUGGAGUGGACUUGCUGGAAUUGGUUGGUCUCCGCAAAAAAUGUCAACAGAAUGGAAAGUCACAGGCAACACAGGCAUGGGUUGUAAGCCUGAUAAAGCGCCACCUGGUGUUGUUGUCUGCUGGCCUACUGGUGUUCCUGUACCGCUGGAGGAUCAUGGGAUCGGCCCCGCCCGUGUUCCAGGUGUUUGACAAUCCACACUCCUUUGUGAAUAACACUGUGAUCAGGAGCACAAACUACAACUACUUGUACUCCAUAAACAUUUGGCUACUUCUCAAUCCCUGGUGGCUGUGUUUUGAUUGGUCAAUGGGCUGCGUUCCUGUCAUUGAGUCAUUGGCCGAUCCCAGAGUGCUUGCAGCCUUCAGUGUCUGGAUUUUCAUUGGUUGUCUUGUGUGGGCGUGCCUUAAGGGACCAAUCACCCAAGAUCAGAGAACUUUGACAAUGGCCUUGGCACUCAUCAUCAUUCCAUUCCUUCCGGCUAGUAACUUGUUCUUCCGCGUGGGGUUUGUGAUAGCAGAGAGGAUCCUGUACCUGUCCAGUAUAGGCUACUGCAUGGUGGUUGUUCUGGGCGUGAGGCAGCUGUGUAGUACAUACCCACAACACUCCAAGCACAUAUCAGCGUGCCUAGCGUUCCUGCUCUGCCUAUACAGUGUGCGAUGUAUCCAGCGAAGUACAGAGUGGAAACAUGAGAUUGAUCUCUUCACUGCUGGUGCACACGUCUGUCCGGGAAAUGCAAAAGUGCACUAUAACAUUGCCAAACUGAAUGCAGACAGUGGGAACAUUGAUGUAGCGAUCCACAAAUACAGGCACGCAAUAGAGUUGAACCCGCAGUAUGACCAGGCUAUGAACAACCUGGGAAACAUUCUCAAGGACAGGAAUGAGCUGGAUGAAGCAGAACAUCUUCUGGAAAGGGCUGUAGCUGUCAGAGAGGAGUUUGCGGCGGCAUGGAUGAACCUGGGCAUCGUGAAGGCUGCCUUGAAGAAGCACGCUGAGGCAGAGCGCUGCUACUACACCGCCAUCUUGCACCGACGUAAAUACCCAGACUGCUUCUAUAACCUGGGCAAUCUGUACCUGGACAUCAAGCAAUAUGACCGGGCAAUAGAGGCGUGGACAAAUGCCACUAAAUUGAGGCCUACCCACACCAAUGCGUGGACCAAUAUGGCCUUAGUGCAUGACUCAUUAGAGCAAUAUGACAAGAGCAUCGCUGUUGCCAAGCAGGGCCUCAAGCACCUGCCAGGGGAGUCCCAGCUGUACUUCAGCAUUGCAAACGCCUACGGCAAGUUGUCCCGAUACGCCGAGAGUGCCGAACACUUUGAGAAGGCCAUUGCUCUGAAGCCAACCAAAGCACAGUAUUACGCAAAUUAUGGUGUGCUGUAUCACAGAUGGGGCAAGCUGGACAAGGCUGAACUCAUGUACAUGAAGGCUCUCCAGCUGAAUCCGGAUGAACCCAACCUGAAGGAAAACCUGGCCAUGCUUCAACGCAAGAAAACUCAGUGAUACUCUGAAAGAUGUCACCUGUAAAACUGAAUGUGUUAGUGCCAAGAAAGGAAGUUAAGCAAAUGAGCGUUGCUGUUGGAAGACCAGGCUUAAUGCAUGCUCGUAAUGUGUCAUAUGAACAAGAUGAAAAAGUGCAGUCUGCUUAUCAGAGACGCCUCUGCGCUGCGUAGGCUAAUCAGGGACGACGCUUUGUAUGGUACUUUCUGUUUAAAGGAAGUCUCUUUUUUGUGAGAAUCCAGUUUAGGCGAAAGUGUUGUUGACACUUGACACGCAUCUAUUUAGCCCCACUUUUGGUUUGUGCCGAAAAGGAAGUUAAGCAAAUGAAAAAAAUGUUUUGGUCAUUCUGGGACGACACUUUACGCACAUGCAUUAGGCCGUAUGUUUCCAAGUGCACGUCCCAUAUGAAAGAGCCAGAAAGGAAGAGAAUCCAUUUAUUAAUAUCAAAUGUUGUCGUUUUUGUGGCCAAAGAGGAGUUUGCCUUUAAUGUAUAUGAAACACAUGAAGAAGAAUGGUACCCAUCAUGUCAGUGGAGGAAAGAUAUUGGCAGGAUAGAUCGUGACAGUUUGAAGAGUGGUGACAGAAUGAAAACAUUCUUCAUGUGGACUCGGAAAAGAAAAUUUCUGUAUUAAAUUAUUUUAUUUGCUUGCAAGAAUGCUUGUUAAUGUGGAAUUGAUAACAUAUAUACGUAACAGCUCUAACAUAUUUUCACAAAAUCAAAUCUGAUGGCAUAGUUUUGUUGCUGGUUGCGAUACCAUUGUGUUUGCUGUAGGGUGAUACCCCUGGGGCCGUAUUCACCAAUCCAUUCUUAGACUUAAGAAUAAUUUGUUUCAUAUAUAUAUGCUUCAAAUUUUGCUUUUGUUAUUAAUUCAUUGUCCUAAUUGAAGCAUUUUUUUGUUAGAGGUAUUUAAUUUUGUGUAACAUUAACCUUUAUUAUACUGUCAGAAAAAAAACAGUUUCAAUAAUAUUCUUUCUGUUCAGACUUGAUUAAUUCUUGGAUUAUAGUGUUGUGAAUAGGCACCCAUGUCAUUGCUGAUCUCGUGUCAGAGACCUGUCUAUUUUGUCUAGUGUUGUGACUUACAGUACUGAUUACCUUGCUAAAUAAGUAUCAAAAGGGUUAUAUAGGGGUGUAAUGUCUCCUCCUUUCAGCUGACUUCCUCACUUUAAACGUCAAACUUAUUUUACAAAUAGUUGUUAACUUUGCUAGAUUUAUAUAAAAAUAGAGGUUAAUUAAAACCUGUAAGGGGAUAGGGCAUUUUCCUCCCUGAGGUGGUUCUUAAAUCCGGCCCCUGGUUAUAAGAAGAAGCUUAUUUUCAACAAAGUGUAAAAACUAAAUUCAAGCAUCUAAUGACU